CACCGUACCUGCAGCAGCACACUGCGGGCAAAUAAAAACAUCAGGGCGAUGAGUUUAGUUUCAGUGGUGUUAUUAAUCACCACCCAGUUCUAGCUGUGCCUUAACAGACUCCAUUGUUGUUCCMAUGUUGAAUAUGGUUAGUUUACAGACGGACACUCCUUAAACAAAAUUUUAUAUUUAAAAAUGGAUCACCUCCUUCAGGUGAAAAUCGGCGUUUUGAUCGGUUUGCUGCUCCUAACUCUCCUGUUUGGGUUUAUCCCUGCUCGGCUUCAAUGGUUUCGAGACAUCGGSUCAGAAUUCCAUCGCCAAGUGCUGAGUUUGAUCAGCUGCUUUGCAGGCGGUGUUUUCCUGGCAGCCUGUCUGCUUGACAUCAUCCCAGACUAUCUGUCGGACAUCAGCACAGAACUCAGUUCUCACACAGUCGACUCCAGCUUUCCUCUGCCCGAGUUCAUCAUGGCCUCUGGCUUCUUCAUGGUCCUCAUACUGGAGAAGAUCGUCCUGAACUGCCGGCAAGUCCACGGCUCUCGUGACGAGAGAGCCCCCCUCCUGACAGAAAACCGAAACGGCCACGUGCAGCACGAUCACGGGCCGGUGAGGGGCCCCGACCUGGAGAGCAGUGGGCACCACGUCCACGUCGACUUCCAGGCUCACUCGCCUUUUCGCUCCUUCAUGCUCUUCCUGUCGCUCUCGCUGCACUCGGUGUUCGAGGGCCUCGCCAUCGGCCUGCAGAGCACUGACACCAAGGUGUUGGAGAUCUGCGCUGCUAUUCUGGUCCACAAGAGCAUCAUAGUGUUCAGCCUGUCCCUGAAGCUGGUGCAGAGUGCGGUCCCCUCACUGUGGAUCGCAGCGUACCUGACAAUAUUCGCCUUGAUGUCCCCGAUAGGCAUCGCCAUCGGCAUCAGCGUGAUGGAGGCCCAGCUGUCGUCCGGAGCUCUGAUCCAGGCCGUCCUGGAAGGGCUCGCUGCAGGGACCUUUAUUUACAUCACCUUCAUGGAGAUCCUCCCUCAUGAGCUCAACUCUGCUGGGAACCAGCUCCUCAAGGUGAUCUUCAUCCUGGUGGGCUUCAGCAUCAUGGCGGGACUUAUGUUUUUCUUGGGCUGAGACCUCAUGGGGCACAUCGAACUCAGGAAAGACCAGGGGGCACAUUGCUCCUAACAGAAAGGUGACUUUAGGACUGAAAAGAGUUGUGCUUGAGUGGAAGAGGAGGCUCGUUACACUGGUUCAGCUAAACUUUUGGACAUUUUUUUAUGUCAAAGAGAAUUUAACAACAUGCUAGUUUUUACCCACGUGUUUGAUCGUCUUUACAUGAUGUGAUGCCAGAUAAUUUUCACACACGACUUCUUUUUUUUUGUUUGUUUAGUAACUAAGUUUUGUCAAAGAGAAACAACAAAGUUAACUGACCAAACUUCAGUUUGUUUUAAAUAACUACAUUCACUCCAGACAACACACAAGGUCCUUUCUGUUUACAUUUUAUUUGUGCGAUAAAGGUGACGUUUUCAGCUAGUUUAUAAAAUUAAUUAAAAACGUUUAGCUGCUUUUGAUUAAUUUUAAAUAGCUUUCUAGGUUUUUUUUUUUUUGUUGUUCUUACUGAGAAAAGAGUGCAGUUCUUCUGUUUGUCCAGUUAAAACACUUCAGUGACUGACUCCUUGUUUUCAGUGGACAAAAUGCACAAGUUUAACGUUUCAACAAGAUGAGACAACAAGGAUAAUUUCUACCAAGUAUCAGCCAAACUAUAACCAAAUGUGAAACACAGAAGUGAACCUUUAUCUUCAUGAUCAGUAGUUGCUGAGAGACUGGGAACUCAAGAGGAAGGUGUUUGUGAGUCAGAUUCACUGAGGCUCUAAAUGCAGCUGCAGCCUUAAACUCUUGUUUCACUUCUUGUUUUAGUUUGUCAUGUGACGAUCAGAUAGUUCCUUCAUCACUGCCCGAGGGAAGGAAACAGAAAAUGAUGAUUCAGCAGGAACAAAAACACUUGGCUGCAGUUCUAAUUUUCAAUCAUAAGACUUUAUUCAAAUGUUUGUUUUUAUUUAUUUAUAGUUUUUUUUUGUGUGUCCCAUCAGUCUGACUUUGUAAAACCUAUGAAAAUCUGACUUCCUCAUUGUAGAACUGACUUUUAUUUCCUUAUGAUCAUUCAUCUCGUUUGAGGUGAUUUGUAUUCAGUUCAACCUGUGAACAGAUCAACGCUCUAAAAAGUAAAACUUUCUUAAAGAAAAAACGUUAAAUUUGUAAUGUAUUUAUUUGUGGUAGUUAGACUGUCCUCACAGAUAUUUUUCUUUUUCUUGUAUUUUGUGUUGUAAAAUAUUUGUAUGUCUGUUUUAACAUUUUUUAAGGUGUUUUUAUGAAUUACUGGAUGCAUUUGAGUAACAUGGUGUUUGAUGAAUUUAACCACCAGAUGGUAGAGUUUAUCCUCUGAUGGACAGAAGGAGGCACAAAAUUAAGUAAAUGAGUCUUUAGUAGAUUAUUUCUUUGCAACAAGGCUUCUUAGCAAUAAAUGAUAUGAUUGGCAGCACUUGGGAGUACCAGAAGCUCAAAACACGUGUCAGCAGAUAGAAAAUAAGCUGUUUGCAAAGAAGAUUUGACAAAUGUUUCAUGUGAGCAGCCCACACACUCAGCUUUACUGCUCAUCCUACAAAUGCAUGUUCCUUACAAAUGUGGCAGCAUUUAAAAGGGAAUUUAACAGACUUUACAACAAUAUAUAUAUAUAAGAUUUAUUGCCAGGAAGCAUUGUUACAAAAAAGAAAUAAUCUACCAAACACUGAUUUACUUAUUGUUGUGCUAAGUGGAAAAAUGGUUCAUAGACAUUUUUCUUUU